GUCAUGCCAUUACAACCCGGGCGCACCCUCAGUUCCAGGUGGCUGUCCAGAGCCUUCUGUCUCGACCGAUGUACCACGACCUCGAACGCAGCGGCCAAGCUUCCUCUUUAUCUCUGUCCUGCCUUCCGACCAGUCGCGAACAUCGGCCAAAGCCCUCGUCGCUCUAACCACGCUAUCCCCUCGAUUCAAUGCCGAAGACUUCAUACUGAACCAAGCCCCGAGGCUCAUACCCCGACCGAACCUCUUCACGCCGAGAAAGAGCCAAUACGAACCCUCCCGAUUCAGUGUACAGGCUGCGGAGCUCUGUCACAAACGACAGUUCCAGAACAAGCAGGCUACUUUGACCUGUCGCGCAAGGCUGUGAAGGAAUAUUUGGGCCUCAUCGAACCAGAGAAAAGAAAAGUCAUACGCAGUUCAGAUCGGGUCAUUGAAGAUGUGCUCAAGAACAUUGAUAUGGAGGAACUGGAACGGAGAGGUGUUGACCUGAAGUCUUUGCUGCCUAGAGACUACCAAGCAAACAAGACGUCCCCCGAACCCGAGGGUCCUCCCCACCCUCCCCUUUGCGAUCGCUGCCACGAAUUGAUCCAUCACCGCAAGGGCAACUCCAUCUUCCAUCCCGGCAUUGACUCUCUCAGAGCCACCAUCGAAGAAUCGCCAUACAAAUACAACCAUGUGUACCACGUUGUUGACGCCGCUGACUUCCCCAUGUCCCUGAUUCCCAAGCUCGAGCGACUAGUGGGCACCCUGCCAAUUCGGUCGAGGAACAGAAGAGCAAAGUCCGAGACAUGGCAUGCCGGUCGCCAGAUAAACUUGAGCUUCAUUAUCACCAGAUCGGAUCUGCUUGCGCCCAAAAAGGAGCAGGUGGAUAGGCUGAAGCCAUACUUGGUCGAGACAUUGCGCCAAGCGCUCGGCCGAAUUGGCAAUAGGGUCAGACUCGGCAACGUCGUGUGUGUCAGCGCACGUCGGAAUUGGUGGACAAAGGAACUCAAGGAAGAGAUCUUUGAGCAUGGCGGUGCCAACUGGAUGGUUGGGCGGGUAAACGUAGGCAAGAGCCGGCUCUUCCACGAUAUCUUCCCUCAGGGUCGCAUGAACUGGCAAGAAAAUCAAAAGCUUCCUGUUCUCCCCGCCUUUCGCAAUAAUAACAUCACAUACGGCAAGUUGGACGAGGGCGAUGAUGCCCUCCUCCCGCCCGCCCAGCCAGAAACUAACUAUCCAGCCAUGCCCAUCGUUUCUGACCUACCAGGUACCACCGCCUCUCCAGUCCGCGUCCCCUUCGGCAACGGCAAGGGCGAACUAAUCGACCUACCCGGUCUAUCUCGCGGCGACCUGGAACUUUACAUCAAGCCCGAGAAGCGUGCUGAUCUCGUCAUGAAGAUGCGUGUUAUCCCUGAGCAGGCCGUCCUCAAGCCCGGUCAAUCCCUGCUGGUCGGUGGCUUCAUCCGCAUCACGCCCAAGACCCCAGACGUCACCUUCCUCGCCUACUCCUUCACGCCCAUCGAGGCGCAUGUUACGGGAACCGAAAAAGCCAUUGCGGUGCAAGAACUGCGGGAGGACAGGCCCAACGUGGAGAACAUUGCGCUCCCCGAGACGGCCGAGAAGAUCAAGCAUGCCGGCUCGUUUGCGCUCAAGUACGACGUGACGAAGCAGCGCAGCGGGCCGUUGACGAGGAAGAACGCCUGCGGGUUCAAGGUUGAUAGCCUGCCGUUCCGUGUGCUGUCGAUUGACAUCCUGAUCGAGGGUGUCGGAUGGGUGGAGGUUGUCGCGCAGGUCAGGGCCAAGAGUUUGCAGUACAACCCGUACAGAGACGAGCAGCCUGAGGAGGAAAUCGAAAUGGAAGAAGAGGAAACUCCCGAAACUAUGAACACGAACGAAACUGUAAAGAAGGAAGAAUACUGGACCGAUCCCCUUCCAUCCCCUUCCAAAUCCAGAAAGUCCUCUUCCGCCUUCCAAGAUCCCUUCCGACUAGACCACCUCGAUCUUUCCGACCCCAACGACGAACCCAAGCCCAAGCCUAAACCUGCACCUAAGUCGGAAGACGAAGAGGACCCACUGGCCCCGCCCCGUCUUAAAGACGCAGAAGUAGUAGAAGAGACGGAAGAGGAAUACAAGCAGAGGAAAAAGAAGGAAGACGAGGAAGAAGAAAUCAAGCUCAACUGGCCCAUCAUCGAUGUCUACAGCCCCGAAGGCAAGUUCAUCGGGUCUAGACCGCCUAUGGGCGCAUGGCUGUUGAACGAACCCAAGUCGGAUGGCAGAAAGAGGCCGAGGAAGGCUAUGAAGGGUGUUAAGAAAGAGAAGAAGAGGAUGGCUAGGGAGAAGCUUGCUACUGCUGCUGGUAGUGGUGGUGGUCAGUGAGUGAGUAGUUAGAGGUAAAAGAGCAGAACUAGUAGAUGGUUGGAUGGAUUGGGUUGCGGGUGUGGAUGUAUGAUAAGGUAUGGAAGAUAAGGAGCGUGUGUCUUUUUCUGGUUAUCCCCGAUCAUAAGGUACCCAAAAGGCGUUUUACUACGG